CUUUUUUCCCACUCAAAAAAUAUGACUAAAGACUACAUUUGGUGGAAAGAUGCCACCAUUUACCAAAUCUGGCCCGCUUCUUACAAGGACUCAAAUAACGAUGGAGUGGGAGAUAUUCCUGGUAUUAUUUCCAAAUUAGACUACAUUAAGUCGUUGGGAGCCGAUAUUAUCUGGUUGUCUCCCAUGUACGACUCUCCUCAAGAUGACAUGGGUUACGACAUUAGUAACUACAACACCAUCUACCCAAAGUAUGGUACCAUGGAAGAUAUGGAUAACUUGAUCAGUGGAUGCCACAAACGGGAAAUAAAGCUUAUUUUGGAUUUGGUUGUCAACCAUACUUCGUCUGAACACGAUUGGUUCAAAGAGAGUAAAUCUUCUAGAGACAAUUCCAAAAGAGACUGGUAUGUUUGGAAGCCCGCCAGAUACGAUUCCGAAGGUAAGCGACACCCUCCCAACAACUGGAAAUCGUUCUUUUCUGAGUCAGCCUGGGAGUACGAUGAAACUACAGAUGAGUACUACUUGCACUUAUUUGCCAAGAGUCAACCAGAUUUGAACUGGGAAAAUGAAACCACCAGGAACGCCAUUUACGAAUAUGCUUUGGACUUUUGGUUUAAAAAGGGAAUCGAUGGGUUUAGAAUCGAUACAGCUGGCUUAUAUUCCAAGGAUCAGAGCUUCGCUGAUGCUCCUAUUGUGUCACCAGGUGAAGAACUUCAGUUCUGUGGAAACCUGGUCAACAACGGACCUAGAAUCCACGAGUUCCAUAAGGAGAUGUUUGAAAAGGUCACCUCCAAGUACGAUGUCAUGACGGUUGGAGAAGUGGGACAUUGUUCAAGGGAAGAUACUUUAAAGUAUGUCAGUGCCAAAGAACGGGAAAUGAGCAUGGUGUUCUUGUUCGACUUGGUGAGUUUGGGUUAUUCCUCCACUGACCGAUACCAAUAUGAUGGUUUUUCCCUCAAGGAUCUCAAGGAUGCAAUUGUCAAACAAUGUAACUUCAUCUUUGGAACCGAUGCCUGGUCUACUAUGUUUAUUGAAAACCACGACCAGGCCAGAGCAGUAACUAGAUUUGGAAAUACCAAAACCUUAGACAAUACCUUCAAGUCAGCCAAGUUGAUUGCUUUAAUGCAAGCAACUUUGACAGGCACUUUGUUUAUCUAUCAAGGUCAGGAAAUUGGGAUGACAAAUUUACCUAGAUCUUGGGAUAUCUCCGAAUACAAGGACAUAGAAAGUAACAAUGCCUACCAAGACUUACUUAAGACUCACAACAUUUCCGACCCCGAAAAUGACUCUCGAGUAAAACGGUUUAUGGAUACCCUCGCUUUGGUAUCAAGGGACCAUGCCAGAUCUCCUGUCCAGUGGACAGCUGAUAAACAUGGUGGGUUUUCGGGAACUAAACCUUGGAUGAGAGUUAACGACAACUACAAGGAAAUCAAUGUGGAGUCUCAAGUUGGUGAUCCCAACAGUGUGUUCAGCUUCUACCAGAAGUGCUUGGUGUUAAGACGCCAGUAUAAGGACUUGUUUGUGUACGGAGACAUUUCAGUUUUGGAUUACGAGAACCCCCAGCUUUUCUCUUAUGUCAAACAAAGUGGCACAUCCAAGGCUUACGUUGUGUUGAACUUCAGUGGAGAACCCGCCAAAUUUGAGAGUCUGGUUCCAGGGACCUUGAGGUUACUCAACACCAACGUCGAUGACUUUAAGGAUGACCUGUUAAGUCCUUGGGAAGGCCGGGUAUACUUGGUUGAGCAGUUAUAGUUUACUAGAUUUUAGCCCAAUAUAUAAAUUGUAUGCCGCAGUCACAUUCGCAGCUGGCACAAAUUAGCUUUACCCUCAGAGGGCUACAAACACUACACAUAUUCAAGAUAUACAACCAUAGGUGGUUUGGCCCAGGUUCAAGUAUUUUGAUGUCCCCCUUUACCAUUGAUACCUGUUCCCCUGAAGUAUAUGGUAUGGGCGUCGCCUAACCAAUUUGGCAAUUCACCAAAUGAAGCGAAUCAUAAACAUUGGACCUAAAUGGGUAAUAUCAUCGGCUCCCGAGAACUAGCGCGCUCGCCCACACUGCGCUGUGGUAAAUUCUAGCGUCCCGCUAGAUUCUCCCACUGUGAAUACCGCACCUCUUCUUGGAUAUUUUUUCUUUCUUAUACACAAAUCCACCUGGAACAAAAUUCUAAUUUUAACUCACAACUCUUCUU